AGUACUUGACUGCUACGUGCAAUAGUGCCUCACUCACUGCAAGACUGCUAACCUUACACGAACUCUCCAAGGAACUCCAAGCAGAGUUUGGCUGAACUGUGACAGGAUGGAUGAGCUAACUGACUACUUAAGGUCACGGCAUGUCCCCGAAGAAGACAUACAGCGAAUGGAACAAGAUAAGAUUGAUUCCAGUGUUAUACGUCUCAUGACAGAUGACCAGCUAAGCCAUUAUCUACCGUCCUAUGGUGAUCGACUGGCUGUGUUUGGAUACUGCAGGCGGAAAGACAAAGAUCCCAGCACUCGCAAAUCAAAACUCUUUGAGCGACUGAGAGGCAAGGUCUUCAGACAGAAAGGGGACCGAGAGCAUGUGCCUGAGAGAGAGCAUCAAACCUCAUUAAGGAAUGCUCAGAAGAACCAGCGAAAAAUUGAGUUAGGGUGGAUGCACUUCCGAGAAGGGGAAUUUGUGCAGGUACGAACCAAAAAAGGUGGGGGAACCAGAAAAGAGAGUGUGCCAAAGGGUAGUAAAAAACAGCAGUUGAUUGAGAAGGCUGGGCAGCUUUUUUUUCCUGGUGGAAAAAAUGCCGAGGGAAACCUGACUGAUUUUGAUAUUGAUUUAACAGACUAUCAGCAGUAUACCUUAGAAGAUAGUAUCACCGUUGGUGAACUGUAUGAAAAGACUAAGUUACCAGUCUUGCGUUUCUAUUUAACAACCAAGAAGAGAGUUCUUGCUAGUGACACUGAUCAGGAGUUGAACAGUGUCACAGCUGCACAAGAAAGUGAAAAGACACAUGACACACCUGACCAUUCUCAUACUUCUAGCACUCCUAAAACUGAUGCUGUAGAAAUAAAUGCUUCAGAUGUCAUUUAUGUUGGAAGCAACGCAGUAUUUCCAAAUGAAAGCAGUGAGAGUGUUUCUCUUCUUUGCACUACAACUGACUCCAGUGUUGCAUCUGGUUUGCCAGAAUAUCAAGAUGUCAUUAAUUUGGAUGCUUUAGAGGACAGCAGCAUUAUAACUUUUCACACAGAGAGCAUCUCUGGGAUGGAAUACCCCAGUCUUGAAGACACCUUUCCUCUUUCUCGGGAAUUGUCUGCUGAGUCACCUUUGCCUCAUUCCAUGGAUAUGCUGCAGGAACCAAUCGCCCAGAAAGAAAGAGUGAAGAAAGUUGUUGUGCUUCAUCGUGGUCAGAUUCUUAGAGAACUUAUUACCGUUUUUUGUGAGCAAAGCAUCUUGGAGGAUGACAUUUACUUCAAAGUGAUUCUCCCAGAUGGAAGACUUGAAAUGGCUGUGGAUGAUGGAGGUGUUCUGCGGGAUGUGCUGUCAGAAUUCUGGAAUGAUUUUUAUGAGCAGUGCACUAUGGGAAAUAGCUUUAAGGUGCCAUAUCUACGUCAUGAUUUUGGUAAACAAGAGUGGGAAAGUAUAGGUCGAAUAAUCAAAUUUGGCUGGCAAAAAGAGAGGUACCUUCCUGUAAAACUGUCACCUGUACUUCUGGAGCAAGCUGUUUUUGGCUCUGUGGAGAGUGAUCUUGUGGACAGUUUUUUUAAGUAUGUGUCAGCGUCAGAGCGAGUGAUCUUUGAAUCCUGCUGUUCAGAUUUUGAAGGUGUUGACCAAGAAGAAUUGUUGGAAAUCAUGGACAUUCACAGCUGUCGUAGGAUUCCAACAGCUGAUAACAUUGAGCAAAUCUUGAGGGAACUUGCCCACCAAAAUCUGAUUCAAGAGCCUGCCUUUGUAAUUGAACAAUGGAGCAGUACACUUGUAUCCCUGAGGUCUGAGUUGAAAGGCAUUGCAGCAGUAUAUGAAGGCCUACAACCAACAUCACGAAAGAUAAUGAAGGGAGUUAUCUACCCCAGUAUUCUGAAUGCCCAGGAGAACCAAAUUGUGAAGUUAUAA